UUUUACAUUACACGCACCACCUCGAAAUGCUAUAACAGUGCGCUAACAGCACGCAUUGUCAGUUAACAGCGAACACGAACAGCUGUUGAGCAGUGUGACCGCGGAUUUAUCCAUCAAAUAUACCCCGCACAGGCGACAACUUUACGUGGCAAACAACUGUCAAAUGGCUGCAACCAAAUGAGCAGCAAAAAAAAUCGAAUUAGGGAACUGACGUGGAAGUUUGUUUUUGCUUGAAACUAAUUUGCGCUUUUAAUUGCCAUUCCGUGCCGUGGCCAAGGAAAGUUCCCGUGGAACGAUUCAAGCGCAACCAGCAGCGGCAGUCAGUGGACAGAAAUUGGCCCAAAGAAGCCAGGAAAUUGUGUUUUUGCCUUGGCGAACUUUGAGCUGCUGCCAAUUUCUUCUCCUGCCUCUCUCUCUCUCUGUGUGUGAAAGUUGUUGUCUGUCUUAAUUGUUGGCUGAAAGAAUGAAUCCGAAUAUGUACGGGCCGCCGCCUACGCAAUUCCAGCCACAACCGCUGCAGCCGCAGCAGCAACAAUAUGCAGCACCACCGCCAGUGGCUGCACCUGGUGGUUGGCCACCUCAACAGCAGCAGCAGUCGCAGCCGCCGCAGCAGCAACAACAACAACAACAACCACAGUAUGGAGCUCCACCCACAUCGUCGGCGCCACAAACGUACCUUAAUGGCAACUAUCAGCAGCAGCUGGCCACGUCGAUGGGCGGCCUAAAUAUGGGUGGUGGUGGUGGUGGUGGGGUGCCGGCAUUGAAGAUUGCCCAGCAGCAGCCACCGUUGGGACAGGCACCACCACCCACCGCCGGUCAGGGUGCACCGCCCACGGGUUUCAAUCAAUUCAAUUCGAAUUCUGCGCCUCUGCCUCCGACCAACAAUAAUAAUGCUUUUGCUGCACCGCCGCCGUCUGCCAGGGAAGCAGCAGGCGGCUAUGCCAAUGGACCGACACCAGUGGGAGCCCCGGCCGGUGCUCCGCCACCGCCUACCAGUACACCGCAGAGCGUCGCCAGUGGAAUCAAUCAGAUGAGCCUGAACAGCGGACAUUUGGCGGGAUUGCCGCAUAUGCCGCCGCCCAAGUCUGCUACGCCCCAGAACGCAGCAGGAGCUGUGCCGCCACCACCCCUGGGUGCACCAGGAGCUCAACCAGCUGCAGGACCCUUUGGUGUGAGCACCUCAAGACCCGGCCAGCCGCUGUUGCCCCCCGGAGCAGGUGCGCCACCAACAUUUACGCAAGCAGGACUGCCGCCACAGUCGCAGCCGGGAUUGCCACCCAUGCAGCAGGCCGGUUUGCCACAGCAGUCGGGUCUGCCGUCCAUGCAACAGCCGGGACUGCCGCCGCAGUCCCAGGCAGGUCUGCCGCCCCCACUGCAGCAAUCAGCUAAUUCAUUUGGUGCACCACAGCAGCAGCAGCAACCAGGAGCGCAGUUUGGAGCACCACAGCAGCAGCAGCAGCAAUCGGCAGCGUCCUUUGGUGCACCACAGCCAGGCGGCUUCCCAGGCAGCUAUCCAGGCGGUCCACCGCCACUUCCCGGCCAACAAUCGGCGGCACCACCACCACAAUUUGGAGCGCCACAGACUGCAGGGUAUCCUGGUCAGCAGCAGCCCGCAGCGCCAGGAUACCCACCACAGCCCGGACAGCAGCCUGGAGCGCCAGGCUAUCCCCCACAACCCGGCGGCUAUCCAGGGCAGCCAGGACAGCAGCAACGUCCUGGCUUUAAUCAACCUCCGAUGCCUGGCGCUGGCAACAUGUACCAGCAGGCACCGCAGCAGCGACGCCUGGAUCCCGACCAAAUGCCGAAUCCCAUCCAAGUGAUGAUUGAGAACCAGAGGCUAGCCGGCGGCCCGUUCGUGACCAAUCAGCCGGGUCUGUUGCCGCCGCUGGUGACGACCAAAUUUGUGGUGCACGAUCAGGGCAACUCGUCGCCGCGAUUCUUGCGCUCCUCGCUGUACUGCAUACCCAACACAGGGGAUCUGCUGAAGACCACAGCGCUGCCAUUGACGCUGAACAUCUCGCCGCUGGCACGCACCGCCGAGGGAGAGCUGGAGCCGCCCAUAGUGAACUUUGGGGACAUGGGUCCGAUACGCUGCAAUCGCUGCAAGGCCUACAUGUCGCCCAAUAUGCAGUUUGUGGAUGCGGGACGCCGUUUCCAGUGUCUGAUGUGCAAGGUGUCGUCAGAGGUUCAUCCCGAUUACUAUCAGCAUUUGGAUCACACAGGACAGCGUGUGGACAAGCAUGAAAGACCUGAAUUGCUGCUGGGUACCUACGAAUUUCUAGCCACCAAGGAUUACUGUCGUAACAAUGUCCAGCCAGAGGUGCCUGCAUUUAUCUUCAUCAUUGAUGUGUCCUACAAUACGGUCAAAUCGGGUUUGGUCCAUCUACUGUGCGCCCAAAUCAAGAACAUACUCAAGCAUUUGCCGGUGGACCAGGGCCAGGAUAAGUCCAAGGUGCGCGUCGGUUUCAUCACCUACAACAGCACCGUGCACUUUUACAACAUCAAGAGUAAUCUGGCCCAGCCCCAGAUGAUGGUGGUGGGCGAUGUUCAGGAGAUGUUUAUGCCCCUGCUCGAUGGUUUCCUCUGUGAUCCGGAGGAAUCGGCAGCUGUCAUUGAUGCUCUGAUGGAGGAGAUACCGCGCAUGUUUGCAGACACCAAGGAAACGGAAACGAUUCUGUAUCCGGCCAUACAGGCCGGUCUGGAGGCACUCAAAGCCUCCAAUGCAUCGGGCAAGCUGCUGGUGUUCAACUCCACGCUGCCCAUAGCUGAGGCGCCGGGCAAACUGAAGAAUCGCGAUGAUCGUAAGCUGCUGGGCACCGACAAGGAGAAGACUGUGCUGACACCACAGACCACAGCGUACAAUACGCUCGGACAGGAGUGCGUGCAGCAGGGCUGCUCGGUGGAUUUCUUUGUGUUCAAUAAUGCGUACAUCGACAUUGCCACCAUUGGACAGGUGGCCCGUUUGACUGGUGGAGAGGUGUACAAGUACACCUACUUCCAGGCGGACGUGGAUGGACAGCGGCUGAUCGAGGACAUAAUCAAGAAUGUCUCACGACCGAUUGCCUUUGAUGCGGUGAUGCGUGUGCGCACAUCGGCGGGCAUACGACCCACGGAGUUCUUUGGACACUUCUUCAUGUCCAAUACAACGGAUGUGGAACUGGCCAGUAUUGAUGCCACCAAAUCUAUCAGCAUUGAGAUCAAACACGAUGACAAACUGCCGCCCGAGGAGAAUGUCUAUGUGCAGGUGGCUUUGCUGUAUACCUCCUGCAGUGGCCAGCGUCGCUUGCGUGUCCUCAAUCUCGCUUUGCGCGUAACCACCACCAUUGCGGAUGUAUUCAAGAGCUGCGAUCUGGAUGCCAUUAUGCUGUUCUUUGCCAAACAGGCCUGCUUCAAGCUAAUGGAGCAUUCACCCAAACAGGUCAAGGAUAAUCUAAUUCAUCGUUCGGCACAGAUAUUGGCCUGCUAUCGCAAGCAUUGCACUUCGCCCACAUCCGCGGGACAGUUGAUACUGCCCGAGUGCCUCAAGCUGUUGCCGCUGUAUGCCUCGUGCCUGCUCAAGAACGAUGCGAUAUCGGGUGGCUCCGAUAUGACGCUGGACGAUCGCUCCUUUGUCAUACAGUUUGUGCUGUCCAUGGAUCUGAAUAUGUCUGUGAACUAUCUGUAUCCCAGAUUCAUACCCAUACACAAUGUCAGCCCCGAGGAGACGGAGCUGCCGACACCAGUGCGCUGCACGCACGAGAAGAUCACAGAGGAUGGCGCCUAUAUACUGGAGAACGGUGUGCAUUUGUUCAUUUGGCUGGGUCAGUCGCUGUCCCAGAACUUUGUGCAGUCCGUGUUCGGUGUCCAGGGACUGCAGCAGUUGGCACUCGAAAGGUUUAACAUUACAGCGGAGACGCCACUGGCGCGACGCAUCACUGAUAUUCUGGAGCAGAUUAUGCAUGAGCGCACGCGCUAUAUGAGGAUCACUUGGCUGCGACAGAACGACAAACUGGAGAGCGUGUUCCGGCAUUUCCUUAUCGAGGAUCGGGGCACCGAUGGCUCUGCCAGCUAUGUGGAUUUCCUCUGUCACAUGCACAAGGAGAUCAAGGAUCUGUUAAGUUAGCACGUAGGCUACACGUACAAGCUGCCCACAUCAGCAGCGGCAGCAGCUGCCUCCGCCUCCAGCGCUGGUGGACGCGACUGGUGCGAUAGCUAUUCCCAGAAUCGGGCACGUAUGCGACGGCUAUCAUCGAUGCGCAGUCGCUUUGGCAAGUGAGGCAAGCAGUGGAGUGUUGUAUGUCAUCGUGUGGAGUGAAGCAGGCGCUGGAACUUCAAUUAUAUCUACAUAUAAAUACAUACACAUCUAUAUACUAUAUAUAUCUAAUUAUUAAUUGCUAUCAUUUCGUGCGUAUCAAAUCUUCCAUUAAUUUUAUUAAAGUUUUCACAUUUUCCGCAUUGUUUCCAACAAAUUUCCACCCCUUUUCGAUCUAAAUAAUUCUUGAGCGCCCAGGGCCUUCAAAAGAAAUGAAACAUUUUGUUAAACGAGGCCAACAACUAGCUAAAAUUUUACUCUCUUAUCAAAUUCCAUAAAUAUUUAAACAAGAAAAAAAAAUGUAAUUAAAAAUUACUUGCAAAUUUCCUCUCUCACACUUGAGAUCUUUUAGGAUGAGGUUUGAUGAUGAUGUUAGAUCAUGAUUAGUUUUUAGAGUGUUUUCUUCUACCAUGUAUUUUUUUCAUAUUUGUUGCAAUCAUUUUGUGUGCACUGCGCCCUGCUUUUUAUUCCCUUUACUUAAUGUAACUGAAACGAUUAUUAUUAUUAUAACAACAUAAAUGUUUUAAUGUGAGAAUUAUUCUAAUUCUUUGGUAUAUUGCCCCCUCCCACACUACUUCUCGUCCUUCCCAUCUGCUCCUCGUUGUCCACAUUAUCGAUAGAAAAACAAAAAUUAAAAACUGUGUGUGCAACUAAAAACAAAAGAUAUAUUACAGAUAAAUGAAGAAAAGGAAUAAAAACUCUUUAAUAAAAACAC